UUAUAUUCCAAAAAAAAAGAGAAGAAUGCCUAGGUUCUUAUUGUUUUUUAAAAACAUAAAGCAGCUGAUUAUAAAACAUGAUGAACGUAUUAAUGUAAAUGUCCUAGAUCUAUAGACGAUUUUUUUUUUUCAGGCCCCAUAUCUGGGAUGAACGAAGAGAAAUAUGGAAGAAGAAAAUGAGCCUGGUAUAAGUGGUAUAACAAGAAGAUUCAGCAAAUUGUAUUCGAAAACUGUCGAUAAUAUAACUGAUGUAUUCAAGGAUUUAACUAAUUUGGUAGAAAAAAAGGAUUUCACUAACUUGGAAGAAAAGAAAAAGGUGUGUAUUUUAUUUUCUGGCAAUAUUUCUAAUGUUACCAUAAUUGCAGAAGAACUAAAUCAAGUCAAUUUCGCGUCUUCAAAGUUACCUUCCAUAAAGUCACACAACCAGAGAAAACAUCAAAUAAAUCCAGAUGUUCAUGUGGAUACUAAGCUCAGAAAGCUCAGAAUGAAGAAAGACAAGCUAAGAAAAUUGAUUUCUGGACCCAUAUGCUUUAUUAACUGUAGAGGAAAACAUUCUUUUCGUCGCUGUAUGCUUCCUAAAGAUAUGCUAAAAAAAAUUAUAACCGAAAAAAUUACCUCAACGUGA